UAAACUACCAUCCAAGUUCCUAUAGCUAGAAAAUGUAUACAAUCUCCAAAGGUCCCAGCAAAAUUGUGGCCAAAACUCGUAGAGGAAUAUCACAAAACUUUGAAAAAUUCGAAACCAUUAAAGAGAGUGGACGACGCAACAAUGAUGCCACCAGUCCAGACAAUUUAAGUGUACCAAAGCCUGUAUUUCAAACAAACAAACUUUACACCCAUCCAAAAACUGUGGAGGACGAAGUAUUGACACCACAUCACGAGGAGAUCAUCAAAUAUAUAAAUGACUCAUGGAACAUUGUAGUCGCACAAAACCCUUAUGACAGAUCUCCCAAAAAUACAAACCCACUUCCAACUGAUGCUAACAACAACAAUACUACUGCUGCUUCACUUAUUAAAUCAUCUACAACUCCAUCCCAAACUGCUUCCUCACUGUAUUGUGUUGAACCUCCGAGUCCUGUUCUAAGUGACUUCAAACCAUUCGAUCUGGAAUCAUGGUGGGGUCGUCGUUUGUUCAAUAACAUCACCAAAAGCCUUUGAAUUGUGUGAUAUUUCUCUUUCAUUUAUAAUUAUAAGUUCUAAAUUUAAUUUUAUUU